AAGAGAGAGAGAGAGAGCGAAAGAGAGUCUGUUUCGGGUGAGGAGGGGGUGAGGAGGAGGAGAAGGAGGUUUCGAGGUUUUCCUCAGUGCUCGCACGCGCUGGGCUUGCUGAAAGACGCACGAGGCUGCUACUGGAGUGGAUCUAACCGGCGGGAGACGCGCGUGCCGUUACGCACCGGGCAGCUCCGGUGUGUGUCUGUGUGUGUGUGUGACAAAGAGGAGGAAGAGUAGCGGACAGAGUCACAUUGAGCCCGGAAAGUUGGAGUACAGCUGCGGAGUGAUCGGGGGCAGCUGAUGUUCUUCACCGAAGACAGAGCUCCAUCUCCGGGAGAGCCGCUUCGGAGCAUGCGCUCCUGCCCGGACUCCCAGUCUUCUUCGUCUUCUUCUGCGUCCCUGCCGGGGCUGCUGUGAGCCCAGGACGGCGGGGUGGGUAGGGGGGUCCCACCGUGUCCGGGGUUCGUGCUCGCGCCACUAUGUCGGUGGCAGUCCGCGCGAUGUGCGGAGAGAGAGAGUGAGAGACCCCGACGCUCAGAGCGAGAGAACCAUGACUUCCUGUGGGAUUACAGCAGCACGCGACAUGAUCCUAAUCGGCGUCGUCUGCCUGCUGCUCGUGCUCGAUGUGUGCGUUUGUGACUUGGAGCCUGGCACCCCCGGCUGGAGGGAACCUCUAGACUGUGUCCGAGCCUCCGAGCUGUGCAACCAGAACAGCCAGUGCAGCUCGCGUUACCGGAUCAUGCGCCAGUGCCUGUCGGGCGGGGACAAGGAGCGCAGCGCCAUGCUGGCCUCCAAGGAGUGCCAGGGGGCGCUGGAGGUGCUGCAGGACUCGCCGCUCUACGACUGCCGCUGCAAGAGAGGCAUGAAGAAGGAGCUGCAGUGCCUGCAGAACUACUGGAGCAUCCACAUGGGCCUGACUGAGGGUAAGCCUCCUAUGCUGGGCCCUGUCCAGAGCUAA